AUGUAUUCGUUUAACUCGCUCCGAACAUUACUUCAAUACAUCUUCGGUGUUCAAUCCAUUCUUCUCAACACCUUUUUGAUGUUCCUGAUUUGGAAUCGAUCCCCAAAGCAGAUUGGGACCUAUAAGUACAUGAUGAUGUAUAUCUCAAUUUUCGAGAUGUUCUACUCGAUUAUUGACAUCAUCGCCGAGCCCAUUGUGCAUUCCUAUCGAUCAACACUGAGCGUUCUAAUGAGCACAAAGAAUUCCAUAUUAGGGCGUGAGAUGAACAAGCGCCUUCUCGCUACGUUCUGCGGCUCCUACAGCUUCUCGCUGGCCUUAUUUGGGGUUCACUUCAUCUAUCGAUAUGGCUCAACUCGCCGGCAGACCCGAGACCGAUAUUUCGAGAGUCGAUUCGCUAUUAUAUGGUUCUCGAUUCCAGUUUUUGUCUGUAUUAUCUGGGUGGCAGUGUGCUUACUACUCAUCUGCGAAUGGGAUGUGAUGACCAAUUUUAUCAGAAAUAGCGUUCUUAAUGAUUAUGAUCUGUUGAUGGAAGACGUCGUCUACAUUGGAGCUUACUUUUAUCCAAUCGACGACAAUGGAAACCAGUAUAUUAACAUGAAAUCAUUAUAUGGAAUUAUUAUCUUAUGGACCAUUCUAGCUUCUUCAAUAUUUUGCGUCUUCUACAUCGGACUCCGAUGCUAUUAUAAGAUCUCAAAGGGGAUGCCAGAGAUGUCGAAUUUGACGAAGAAACUUCAGACGCAGCUAUUCAAUGCGCUUGUGAUUCAGACAAUGAUCCCGGUGAUCCUGAUGUAUUUCCCUGUCACAGCGCUCUUCUUGGUUUCGUUUUUCGAUGCCAAUUUUGCGUUUGCUGCAAGAUCCACCCCGAUCAGCAUUGCCUUCUAUCCAGCCAUCGAUCCACUACCAACAAUCUUCAUUGUGGAAGCCUAUCAAAACGCCGCAUUUGUGGAUUUGAGCUUGCCUCUUCGACCGGGAUUUCCGACCAUCUUUCCUUCGGAUCCUUUCCUUUUCUUCUUGUUUGGUCUAACGUCGAUUGUUCAAAGGAGCGACGUGUUCGGCCCAUAUGAGUCAUGGCUAAGAGUUCCCGUUGGAGUCUUCUGGAGCUGCUCUUCUUGUGAAAAUAAACGACGUUAUCAGUGCAAACCCAUCUCUCAUGGGCUCUCAUUGACAAUAACAAAAAAAAAAUCGAUUUACGAUGAGCUCCGAACCUCUUCUCAAAUCCUAUUUGGCUACAUUUCAAUAUUCCUAAACACCUACCUAAUCCUCGUGAUCCACUACCAUUCUUCAAGACAGCUCGGGACCUAUAAGUUCAUGUCGAUGUACACAAUAUCAAUAUUCGAGAUGCUCUACGCAGUCAUUGAUCUAAUAACUACACCGCUCAUUCAUUUCUAUCUUUCCUCAUUUGCGAUUCUAAUGGACAUCAGGAAUUCCGAUGUCAGCAAUGACGUGAACCUGAUCCUAAUCACCGUCUACUGCGGCCUCUCUAGCUCAAAAUUUUUUUGUAGUUCAAUCCGCGAAAAUUAUUUCGCUGGUCUCUUCGUCACUGUCUGGUUCGCAAUUCCCGUAAUCUACGACUUUAUUUGGAUGACCAUGGUGUGCACAUUAGGUCGGAACGAUGAUAUGACUGCAUCUAUUCGACAAAGCAUUCUUGAUAGUUAUGGACUACAAAUGGAAGAGGUCGUCUACGUCGGACCUCACUAUUUUAGAUCCAUUCUGGAAAGUAGACCAUUCUGGAAAAAAAAUAGACCAUUCUGGAAUCACAUCCUUCUUCACGCAUUCUACCCAAUAAUUGUGUUAUUCAUCGAAAUCAUCUCAUCGAUUUUCUGUGUCUUCUACUGUGGCAUCCGAUGCUAUUAUAAUAUCUCAAAGGAGAUGUCGGAGAUCGCGGUGAUGUCGAGAAGGAUGAAGAAGCUUCAGAAGCAGCUGUUCAACGCCUUGGUUAUUCAGACUCUGAUCCCAGUAAUUCUUAUGUACAUCCCAGUGUCACUUCUCUUCUUAUUCCCAGCCUUCGAUCUGAACGUCACCCUGGCUGCGAAUUCCUGCGCAGUCACCAUAUCUAUCUAUCCAGCGAUAGACCCCCUACCAACAAUAUUCAUUAUAGACGCUUAUCGGAAGGCAACACUUGAAUUCAUGGCUAGAGCUUCAAAAAGUAUCGUGAUCUUUGGAUGUAUUUCAUCACUGAUCAUUUAA